UUCUUUAAGUGUGGAAGAAGUGGAUUAAUUUAACAAUUUUAGUGUUUUAGAUGGUGAUUUGAUUUUAAAUUUACGUGCAAGUCAAUAUAUUUCGUUAAUUUUUACAUUUUUAAUUACAUUUCAAUCGAAGUUUCUAAGGAUCUAUCAUUACAUCAACUAAAUCAUGGAAGAGGAAUCAACUAGUGGGUGUGAAGUGUGUUCCGGAGAUUAUUAUUCAGGGAGUUCUGAUUCUGAUGAGUAUGUGGACUGUGAGAGGCAAUGUCCAGUAUGUUCAGAAUGGCACACUUACUUUCCAGGUAAAGCUUGUCCCGGUUGUACAGAGUUUUUCGAACAAUGCGUGAGAAACUUUGAAGAACCAAUUUGUUAUACGAGUGAAAACUAUUGCGAUAACAAGAAUCAAAAACGUUAUUGCAACUGUUGUCGAUUGAACAGAUGUUACAAAGUGGGAAUGAGAGUAAUAGAUGUUUAUGAAUACCUUGAUGACUAUAUAAAUGCUCUUCGAGUAAGGUUAAACGAAGGAUGCCAGGGGAGGAAACUUGACAAUGGAGUAAGGUGGAUGAAAGCACAAGAAGAGUUUUAUGACCUUAGAGAUAGUUUUCAUAAUUGGAUUUGUUGUUUCAGCGACUUUCAAACCCUGCGAAGAUGCGAUCAAGUAAGAAUGUUAUGA